UUAUCCGAGUUGAUAAGAUAGAAUAUAUAAAAGAAAGGGACAUCUCAAAGAAUAGCCUUAUUUGUUAAUUGUUAGCCUAUUAAUGUGUUUAUAAUAUUUGCAACUAUGAAGUCCGCAUUAUUUUUAUUAUUUUUAGUCUCGGUUUCUCUUCAAGUGGAUUUUGCUUUAAGUACAGUGGAAUCUAGAAUAGAACAAUUAAACGAAUUGUGGUACAGGGCACAUAUUAUUUUUAAAAAUGUGAAAGAAUUCAAAGAAAUUGAGGUGGACUCCAGAAGAGAUAAGAUCAAUAAUCAGACAAUAUAUUUACUCGAAGAAGUUACAAGUUUAACACAAACGACACAUAAACAAAUCGAGGAAGAGGCCGAUACAUAUGCAGCUGAAGAUGAAAAUAUAGAUGUAGAUUUGUGUUUAGAUGCCGCUGUUGAUCAAUUAAAAUACGUAAUUGUUUAUGAUUGCGGUUCCUUUGGAACUUGUCGCAAUCGUUCCGAAGUGGAAAUAAAAACGAUUAUUAAAGAAUUGAUUCAAUAUAUAAAGGUGAUGGAGGAGACGAAAAGAACUAUAAUUUACGUGAGAGAUGUCGCUUGUCAAAAUCUCACUGGUUACGCGCAAGAAUUAUGUUUAUAUUGUCGAAUUCCACAAAUUGAAGUGCAAGUGGUGACAUAUGAGAAGAAAGUGCAAAGAUUCACAAAGAGAGUGUUAACAAUUAUUGAGCAAAUCGUUCAAAGUGUUAAUAAAUGUCUCAAUGAUUCGAGCGAAAAAGCUAAAGAUAAUAUCAAUAAUAUUGUAACGGAAACGAAAGAAUGUUUCGCUCAACUCUGUAAUAAUUCCACGACAACAGCACAACCGCCAACAACAACAACAACGGAAGUACCAACAUUGGAACCAACAACAGAAGAACCUACAACAGUAGCUCCAAAAAAACCAUAAAUUUAUAAAAAAAAAAUCUAAAACAAAUCUGAAAGAAAUAAAAAUAAAUUCUAAAUAGAAAAAUAGAAAUGAAAAUAUUGAAAUU